CCGCCCUCGCCCCGCUGGCGGUCUGACCCGGACGCAGUCGCUGAGCGCUGACUGUCUCGGUCCUGCUCCACGCCAUGGCUCCCAAGGGCGGCCCAGGCGGGCGGCAGCAGUCCGAGGAGGACCUGCUCCUGCAGGACUUCAGCCGUAAUCUCUCUGCCAAGUCCUCCGCGCUCUUCUUCGGCAAUGCCUUCAUCGUGUCGGCCAUCCCCAUCUGGCUGUAUUGGAGGAUAUGGCAUAUGGAUCUUGUUCAGUCUGCAGUCCUGUAUAGUGUAAUGACCCUCAUCAGUACCUAUCUAGUAGCUUUUGCAUACAAGAAUGUCAAGUUUGUUCUCAAACACAAAGUGGCACAGAAAAGAGAAGAUGCUGUUUCCAAAGAAGUUACUCGCAAGCUGUCUGAAGCAGACAAUAGGAAGAUGUCUCGUAAGGAGAAGGAUGAAAGAAUUCUGUGGAAGAAAAAUGAAGUUGCAGACUAUGAAGCAACAACUUUUUCUAUCUUUUACAACAAUACUCUCUUUCUGGUCUUGGUUAUCAUCGCUUCAUUUUUUGUGCUGAAGAACUUCAACCCCACUGUAAACUAUAUUCUUUCUAUAAGUGCUUCAUCUGGACUGAUUGCUCUGCUCUCUACAGGAUCCAAGUAGUCAAAAAAAAAAACCUACAGCAAUUUAUUUCUGUUAGAGGGUUCAGCUGCCAUACAAAAGUUUAAGGGGUGGAAUAGAAAUACAUUUUUCUAAUAGUGUGACUGCUUGAGAGCAUAGUAGGGAGGGUUUGAAUCCAAAAUGAUUAAACUGUAUUUACUCUUGGUAUGUUUACAUGGUAUUAUUCAAUAACCAAAUUAAUAAUUUCUUCUUACUUAGCAAUGGAAGGAAGUGGUGUGCAAGCAGUUACCACAAUGAACCUUUCUGAAGCACUGCAUAGGUGUGAAGGUACUAUAGAGUGGUACACUGUAGCAGGCCGGUACACUGUAGCAAAAACAGUUGUACUUCAAACCUGUAACACAAUUCCAUGUAAGCCUGGUGAGUGGUGUAAGAGCAAACUCACUGAUCAUAAAAAGUGACAAUCCACCAUUUAUCAUUGUAACUUGAAAAUUUUUAAUAAAGACUUUUUUUUGUCAUUUAAUUCCUU